UGCAUCGUAUUCAGAACUGUGGUCUGAGUUCUACCGAUUUGUCUUGUGUGUUAGCUACCUUUGACUUUUAUGUUUUAGUUCACUUUCAUUAAUCAUAAUAUCACCAUGUCGGUGGCGUUUGCACCUCACAGGCAGCGUAAGGGCGACAUAACACCCGCUGGAAUACAAAAGUUACUUGAUGAAAAUAACCAGCUCAUCCAGUGUAUAAUGGACUUCCAGAGUAAAGGAAAAACAGCAGAGUGUUCACAGUAUCAACAGAUGCUGCACAGAAAUUUAGUCUACCUUGCCACGAUAGCAGACUCAAAUCAGAACAUGCAAUCUCUCCUACCUGCUCCACCCACUCAAAGCAUGCCCAUGGGCCCUGGUGGCAUGACCCAGAGUGGAGCCCCUCCUCAGCCUCCUCAUGGUCACAACAUGCCCUCUGAGGGUAUGGUCAGUGGUGGCCCUCCAGCCCCCCACAUGCAGAACCAGAUGAAUGGACAGAUGCCUGGUCCUAAUCACAUGCCCAUGCAAGGUCCCGGUCCAGGCCCCAACCAGCCCCCAAACAUGCCCAGUGGCUCUAUGAAUAUGCCCCCCAGCAGCCAUGGCUCCAUGGGUGGUUACAAUCACACAGUCCCUUCUUCCCAGGGCAUGCCAGUUCAGAGCCAAAUGAAUAUGACCCAGGGCCAACCCAUGGGAAACUAUGGGCCUCGACCAAACAUGAACAUGCAACCUAAUCAAGGCCCAAUGAUGCAUCAGCAGCCUCCAUCACAACAGUAUAACAUGCCUCCUGGUGGUGGAGGACAGCACUACCAAGGACAGCCUAACCCAAUGGGCAUGAUGGGCCAGGUCAACCAAGGGAAUCAUGUCAUGGGACAGAGGCCAAUGCCCCCCUACAGACCCCCACAGCAAGGACCCCCUCAGCAGUACCCAGGGCAGGAAGACUACUAUGGGGACCAGUACAGUCACGCAGGACAGGGAGCCUCAGAAGGUAAUGCCCAGUAUGGCCAACAACAAGAAGCAUACCAGCAAGGCCCACCACAGCAACAGGGCUACCCUCCACAACAACAGUACCCAGGUCAGCAGGGCUAUCCACCACAGCAACAGGGUUAUGGUCCCUCCCAAAGUGCCCCAGGACAGUAUCCCAACUAUCCACAGGGGCAGGGACAGCAGUAUGGGGGCUAUCGUCCUCCUCAACCUGGACCCCCACAGGGCCAACAGCAGCGCCCUUACGGUUAUGACCAGGGGCACAUGAGGAAAUAAAGAAGCGGGGAUUUGACCCCCCAGACUAGCUCUGUAAGAAGCAAAGGGCCAGUAUGGAAAUUACCAGCAGUGAGAGAUGGUCACAGCAACCUUCACAGUUCUGCUCUGAGCACUGUCUGAGCUUUGACCUCUGGUCAACUGCUAAGCAGGCCUAAAUUAUGGUUUCAGCUCAGAUUUCUUUGGACACAAACAUACAACACUCAAGAAUACAAGAUAUCCCCCCCCCCAUUUUGGGCUUCUUUCCUUGUCUCUAAAACGUGUUCCUGUUUAUCAUGCACAUUGACAAGAUAAUGUCAAAGUCCAUGACUCACCCUCUGCUCCAUUAUGUCUCAAAGCAGCAAUGCCUUAAAAAUGGAACUGCCUUAUCCUUUAGCAUUGCAGAUUGUGAAAUGGGCUGACAAAAUUUUGGAUAAAAAGUGACUCAGAUGUACAGUUUUAAUCUCCUAUGGUGCAUUGUUUCUCUAUCCUUCAGUUCCCUGACCAUAAGAAGCAAUAAUGCCAGCAGUGGGGAAUUAUGAGGGAACGUAGAGGUGAAAUGAUUCCAAUGCACCAGGUGAACUUCCAGCUAGGCCAUGGUACAUGUCUUGAUGUAUGUGAUGUAAAAAUAUAUUUUAUGCUUUUUAGAUCAAGCUAACUUUGUAUAAGACAUUGAAAACUAGUACUAAAGCUGUGUUGUUUAUUUCAAAAGUGUAUGUGUCAGUGUAUUUUUUUUAUUAUUUUUUUUAUGCUCUUUGAUGACAAUGAAUCCUAUCCAGCACAUUUUCUUUGUUGAAUUGUGUUUUGAUUAAAUUAGACCUCCUAUGUCAUUUACAUGGACUUUGUUGAUUUAAUGGAAACAAUUAAAAUUCACAUGAACAGAAAUUCCUUGAAGAACAUGUCUAAAACUAGAAUAUGUUUCUUACUUGAAAAGGCACAGAAAUUGUAAAUUUUGAUUUGGAAGCAAAAGUGGAAAAAUUCUAAUUUAGAUUUUUUUUUCCUUUUUUUUUUUCUUUCCCCCAAUGAGUUUAGUUUUGAUUUUCCCCCACAGUACCUGACAGAAUAAUGGCUAUAGGCAUUUAUUUUAAAAAUGCACUCAAAGGGGUAAUAUGUAGCAGAUGCCACUGCAGGUUGUGAGGUAAUGCCCUCUGGGGACCUUUUUCUACAAGAAGCACCUCCAUCUUGUCCAUGGACUGCAAACUGGUGAAUGAGAAAGAUCCAGCUCGGUAUAAUAGUUCUGACCAGUACUUUGUUUUGUUAGUCAACACUGUUAGUUGGUUAGUUGACAAUGCUGGAAUCCCAUCUCUCCCUGAAUAAAUGUCUAAGUUGAUGUCAUUCAAAUAGUGUUUUGUGUGUGUGUGUGAAUAAAGAUUGUUACUGUCAAAUAUGUAACAUAAGAUGUGAAAAUAAUGUUCUGAAAUGGAUUCCUUUACAGUAAAGACUGGUUGUGCAGUUUUGUUUUUUAUCACUGGCUUGAUAUCUGUAUUAUGGUGCAUAUUUUAUUGAUCCCAUAUGUACAGCAUCAUAAAGAAGAGGAGUUCAUUGUCCUCUGCUAUUGUUUAUAUGGCUGUUUUAAUAUUUUUCAUUCUGCACCCCAUUCAAGUGGUGGUCACAUUUGUGUUAUGGCAAUGUAAACUGUACAUUAUAAUAAAUUGGGAGAAUCUUUAA